GCCAUUCAGAAAGCUUGCCAGUGAGAAGACAGCCAUACACUCAGCCUCAGAAGAAAGAAGCUGAACGAAUUACUUGAGAGAGAAAGAAGAGGAGCGAGCGUGUGAGCUGAGAGCGCGCGGGCGGCCCGAGCCUCGGCGGCGGCGGCGACGGCGGCGCUGACACCUCCCACCAUGGACAGCUUCGACUUAGCCCUGCUCCAGGAAUGGGACCUCGAGUCGCUGUGGGGUGAAGACAUCUUAAACCAGAGGAAUGACUCUCUAGUUGUGGAAUUUCAGUCAUCAGCCAGCAGAUGCAGGAGUGUCUAUGAACCAGAUAGAAAUGUGUUACGGAGGAAAGAACGAGAAAGAAGAAAUCAGGAAACUCAACAGGAUGAUGGCACGUUUAGUUCAAGUUACUCCCUCUUCAGUGAACCCUACAAGACUAACAAGGGGGAUGAGCUCUCCAACCGGAUCCAGAAUACUUUAGGCAAUUAUGAUGAAAUGAAAGACUUUUUAACUGAUAGAUCUAAUCAGAGUCAUCUCGUUGGCGUUCCCAAACCUGGGGUUCCUCAGGCUCCUGUGAACAAGAUUGAUGAACAUUUUGUUGCAGAUUCAAGAGCCCAGACCCAGCCCUCGUCUGUCUGUAGCACUGCAUCUUCCACACCAGCAGCUGUCCCCGUGCAGCAGAGUAAGAGGGGCACCAUGGGCUGGCAGAAGGCUGGGCACCCACCAUCUGAUGGCCAACAGAGAGCAACACAACAGGGCUCUCUCAGGACCUUGCUUGGUGAUGGUGUUGGCAGACAGCAGUCACGGACCAAACAAGUGUGCAAUGUAGAAGUGGGUCUUCAGACCCAGGAAAGGCCACCUGCUAUAGCAGCCAAGCACAGUGGCAGUGGACACUGUGUCCAGAACUUUCCUCCUUCCCUGGCUUCAAAACCCAGCUUGAUCCAGCAGAAACCGACUGCAUAUGUGCGGCCGAUGGACGGCCAAGAUCAGGCACCUGAUGAAUCUCCAAAGCUUAAGUCAUCCACGGAAACCAGCGUGCACUGCACGUCGUAUAGGGGAGUCCCGGCCACCAAACCAGAGUCCGCCAGAGCCAAAGCCAAGCUUUCCAAGUUCGGCAUCCCCAGACAAGGAGAGGAGAGUAGAUCUGGAGAAACCAACAGCUGUGUUGAAGAAAUAAUUCGGGAGAUGACCUGGCUUCCACCACUUUCUGCUAUUCAAGCACCUGGCAAAGUGGAACCAAGCAAAUUUCCAUUUCCAAAUAAGGACUCUCAGCUUGUUUCCUCUGGACACAAUAAUCCAAAGAAAGGUGAUGCUGAGCCAGAGAGUCCAGACAAUGGCACAUCGAAUACAUCAAUGCUAGAAGAUGACCUUAAGCUAAGUAGUGAUGAAGAAGAGAACGAACAGCAGGCAGCCCAGAGAACUGCACUCCACGGUCUGUCUGACAGCGCCGUGGUCCAGCAGGCCGACUGCAGAGCCUCCGCGCCUCCCAGCAAGGGCAGCAGCAGCGGCAGCAGCAGCAGCGGCAACAGUUCCUCCAGCGACUCGGAGAGCAGCUCCGGAUCCGACUCGGAGACCGAGAGCAGUUCUAGCGAGAGUGAGGGCAGCAAGCCUCCCCACUACUCCAGCCCCGAGGCUGAACCAGCGUCCUCUAACAAGUGGCAGCUGGAUAAAUGGCUAAACAAAGUUAAUCCUCACAAGCCACCCAUUCUGAUCCAAAAUGAAAGCCACGGGCCAGAGGGCAAUCAGUACUACACCCCGGUGAAGGACGACGCGCAGGACUGUGGGAAACUCCCCGACGUUUGCCAAACCAGCCUGAGAGAGAAGGACAUCAAGAGCGCCUGCAAGGAGGAGCAGAGGCCCAGGACAGCGAACAAGGCCCCGGGGAGUAAAGGGGUGAAGCAGAAGUCCCCGCCCGCGGCCGUGGCCGUGCCCGUGACCGCAGCCGCGCCCCCACCCGCGGUGCCUGGUGCGCCCGCCGAGAGCGCGCCCGCGCCCACCCGGAGGUCUGGGGGCAAGAAGCCCACCAGGCGCACCGAGAGGACCUCCGCCGGCGACGGCGCCACCUGCCACCGGCCCGAGGAGCCCGCGGCCGCGGACGCCCUGGGGGCGAGCGUGGUGACCCCUCCCGAGCCCCCCAAAGCCAGACCCUGCGGCAACAGCAGAACCAGCCACCGCAAGGAGCUGCGCGCCUCGGUGACCUGCGAGAAGCGGCGCACGCGGGGGCUGAGCAGGAUCGUGCCCAAAUCCAAGGAGUUCAUUGAGACAGAGUCGUCGUCUUCGUCCUCCUCCUCGGACUCGGACCUGGAGUCGGAGCAGGAGGAGUACCCUCUGUCCAAAGCGCAGGCCGUGGCCGCCGCCGCCUCCUCCGGGAGUGACCAGAGGCUGAAGGAGGCUGCCAACAGCGUCAGCAGCGGCGGCGGCCCCCGGGCCGCCGUGGGCUCCAUCAACGCCAGGACCACCAGUGACAUCGCCAAGGAGCUGGAGGAGCAGUUCUACACGCUCGUCCCCUUCGGCCGGAACGAACUUCUCUCCCCGCUGAAGGACAGUGAUGAGGUCAGGUCUCUCUGGGUCAAAAUUGACCUGACCCUCCUGUCCAGGAUCCCGGAACACCUGCCCCAGGAACCGGGGGUCUUGAGCGCCCCUGCAUCCAAGGACACUGAGAGCGCACCGCCAAGCCACACCUCCGACACCCCUGCCGAAAAGGCCUUGCCAAAAUCCAAGAGGAAACGCAAGUGUGACAACGAAGACGACUACCGGGAGAUCAAAAAGGCCCAGGGAGAGAAGGAGAGCUCUUCACGACAGACCGCCUCGGCCAACAGUGCUUUGUCUGCGAACCACUGCAACAUGAGCAUCAACAGCUUGGCAAUACCAAUAAAUAAAAAUGAAAAAACGCUCCGGUCACCCAUCUCACCCCUCUCCGACGCAUCCAGGCACAAACACUCCAGCGAGGACUUCACUUCUUCCAGCAGAUCCACCAGCAAUGGGCUGUUCACUUCCUCCUCCAACAAAAAGCAUAAGACGGAGAACCAGCCGCAGCCUCAUGCCGGAGACCUCACGAAAGCCGCUCACAACAAUUCCGAAAACGUUCUCCACAAGUCACGGCCACAGACAGAGCCGUGGUCUCCAGGCUCCAAUGGCCACAGGGACUGCAAGAGGCAGAAACUGGUCUUCGAUGAUAUGCCACGCAGUGCAGAUUAUUUUAUGCAAGAAGCUAAACGAAUGAAGCAUAAAGCAGAUGCAAUGGUGGAAAAGUUUGGAAAGGCUCUGAACUACGCUGAAGCUGCCCUGUCAUUCAUCGAGUGUGGAAAUGCAAUGGAACAAGGCCCGAUGGAAUCCAAAUCUCCUUACACGAUGUACUCAGAAACGGUGGAGCUCAUCAGGUAUGCUAUGAGACUAAAAACCCACUCAGGCCCCAAUGCCACACCAGAGGAUAAACAACUGGCUGCACUAUGUUACCGAUGCCUGGCUCUCCUUUACUGGCGGAUGUUUCGACUCAAAAGGGACCAUGCUGUAAAGUAUUCAAAAGCACUGAUCGACUAUUUCAAGAAUUCAUCUAAAGCUGCCCAAGCCCCAUCGCCAUGGGGGGCCAGUGGAAAGAGCACUGGAACCCCAUCCCCCAUGUCUCCCAACCCCUCCCCCACCAGCUCCGUGGGAUCUCAGGGGAGCCUCUCCAAUGCUAGCACCCUGUCCCCUUCGACCAUUGUCAGCAUCCCACAGCGCAUCCACCAGAUGGCAGCCAACCACGUCAGCAUCACCAACAGCAUUCUCCACAGCUAUGACUACUGGGAGAUGGCGGACAACCUGGCCAAGGAAAACAGAGAAUUCUUCAACGACCUGGAUCUGCUCAUGGGGCCUGUUACCCUGCACAGCAGCAUGGAGCACCUGGUCCAGUACUCCCAGCAGGGCCUGCACUGGCUGCGGAACAGCACCCACCUGUCAUAGGGACCUCACCCUUGAGCUGGGUCAUGCUCCCGUCUCCAUGGACAGCUCAAUGUUUCUGGACACUGUGCUACUGUAAUUCCCAGCCACAGCAUUUAUCAAACUGCGGUGAAGAUUUUCUCAGCAUUGAACAAUGGUCUUUUCCCAGGGCAUGUGUGUUUGUAUGUGUGGGUGUAUAAGAAGCUGCCUGUGUAUGUGUGUAAGAUACACACCUCUUUAGAACACAUUUUCUUUGUCUAGUUUCCAUAAUCCCAGGCUAGACAAAGUGAUCAGAGGUUUCUGAUUAGAGAAAAUACACUUACACACACACACACACACACACACACACACUUUCUGUUUCAAAGCUAAACCAUGACUUCUUAGAACAUUCAACCAAAAUCUCAUGGGUUAGUUAACCAGGUGCAAUACAGCACACCAAAAGCUUGACUGCCAGUUAAUAUGAACCUAGUUCUUAUACUAUUGAUUACUUUCAGUAUUAUUAUACUAUACCCCAAUUAUUUUUUGAUUGUGUAUAUUAAUGGGUAAUUGAAUAAUGAAAAUAAGUCAGUUAUUUUUGUGCUGGACGUUUACUAGAUUGCAUGUUACCAAAUACUCUGACUUUUGUUGAUUACCCACUCCUUCCCUCCAACUUUAUUAUCAACUAAACAUGUUACAAGCAAAUGAACCAACUCCUACAGGCCUUCCCUGCCCCCAAAAUAGUAUGAAAAUGGCACUGAGAUUUAAAAACUCAGUGCCUCUGAAAGUUAACCCACAUUAAAGCUGCAAUAACUGUGUUUUGGACCUCAGUUAGGAAUUGAAAUCUUUCGCACAUCCAACAACAAGCCCGUCCAGCACGUUUCUUCUUCCUGCCGCUGUGACACGGUGGCUGUCGGGCCUCGUGGCAUUUGUUGGCCAAUGCUUUUCAAGUCUUUUCUUUCUGAAAUAGCUUUCUUACUAAUUUCUUGGCCAAAUUAGGACGUUACCUAGAAUGUCCCUUCGCUGGGAGUCUGUAUCUGUUGCUUAUCAGGCUGAGAACUAUUUGCUUAUCAUGAAUCUGUCUAAUCGUCUCAGUCGUCCUGCAGAAUGUGCCUCUGCAGCCCUGUAAUGCAUUUCGAUCCGGGGGAUAUGUUUUAGGCUUGGAUUAGCAAGCUGCUUGCUACGCAGGGUAAAUUAUUCCUGCAAUGAUUGCAGUUCUGUUUGGGGUAGCAACGACCAGAACAUCAUGCUUCCAUCCUGUGCGUCUGGUGUGUUUACGUCCUGCCCUUGAUUCUUUUCUUUUCUUUUUUUUUUAAUUAAGUUUACAUUUUAGUUUUUUGACAUCUUGUUUACAGAUUUUGUCUAAAACAUUUCUAUUAUAGUCUCUUGUCAUGCCUUAGGUUUAGUCUUCUUGUUAAAUCUAUUUGGAUAUAAAAAUAUUGGUAAAAAAAAAACUCCUGAAAACGAGGAUAUACUUUGCCACACUUGAACAACAAAAAUAAUGUCCCUGAGGCCUCUCACUUGACAAAAUUGCACCAGGACAGUCUGAGAAAGACAGGUGAUGUGGCACGUGGAACAGUCCAUUUUUCAAGGUGCUGGUGGUUUAUAAUAGAUACUAAUAUAUGCUUUCAGUGAUGGUCUUAUUAGUUUGGUGGCGGUGUCAACGUUUUUGUCAGCCUGCUCUGUAGGUGGGAAAAAAGAUUGCUGUAAUUCCCUAGCUGUAAGCACUGAUUCAAAGCUGCAAAUGAUUGAACAACUUUGGUGAUUUGAAAUUACUUUAAAAUGAGCAGAUGAAGGGUUUGUGAAAUUUGCAUUUGGCUUUGGCCUUAAGCAUCUGGAAAUAUUAACGGUAUUUCUGUGUUACAUUUAUCCACCUGAGGUGCUUCUUACAUACCUUUGAAUAAUUGUAGGCGGAGUUCACAAUCCCAUCCUAUGUUGGAAAUUUGGGUCUAACUUAAGAAAUUUGGAUUUUUUUUUUUUUUUUUUUGGAGGACUGAGGUUUAGUUAUACUUGCUCUUGCUGAGUUCUGAUGAAAUGUUCAAACUCUCACAUAAAGGGAUGACCCUCAGGGUCCAUCGGGCCUCCCCAGGGUGCUUUCCUGGUUUUGCCCAUCUUUAAAGUUGCAGGCCUUGUUGUGGUACCCGUGUGAUGUGCUUGACCAUGAAACCCAUUUAGAUACACAGGUGGCCUCUGGCUGAUUGUGCCGGUGGCACUUUGUCAGUACUUUGGUGACCCACAUGUCCCAACAAAACUUGAAAAUGGUCAUUUUGGGGAUGGUCAGAGCAUGCCGUUCCUCUCCCUGUCUUUUAUUUCAUUGGUAGAGCAUGUCAGGGCAGCGGUUUUUGUUCACGUUGGCAUAGAUGAUUUUGGUAAGGAGCCAUCUUCUGAUUGUUGUUUGUGAAAGUCCUUCAGAGCUUGUUCCUUUUGUUUGGUUUUGUUCAAAGUGGAAAUCUUUCUUGUGUUCUCUGAUUAUGAAAGUAAUACAUGCUCAUUGUAAAAAUGCAAACAAUACAAAAACAUAGAAAGUAGUCAGUCCCGUCCUCCGGAGAAAACCACUGCUCACCGUUUCAUAUGUAUCUUUCUAGUGAUUCUCGCAUUUAAACACAUCACGUCUAUUACCAUUUUUUUCUAUUUGAAGACAUAUUAUUUCUUCAGAAGUUCAACACAAGUUCGACUGACCUUAUCCUUCUGUGACCUGAAUGGAUGCCAUCCUUUAUCACAAUGUUAGCGUUAUCUUUGAAAGAGAGUAACCCCAAUAUAUUCCUGAUCAAAAUUUAGGGUUUGUUACUACUCUACACAGAUCAGACUUAUGUGCAGAAUUGUGCCUGGAAAGAGAGGUUUAGUUAAAACAGAUAUUUCUGGAAACUUUCAAAUUGCAAAUGGAAACUCAGACCCACUAUCUAAAGAGGAAUGUACUGGAAAAAUAAUCUGAAGAGUUGACAAAUUGUAUGCUAGAUUGAACACGUGGAAUGCAAUGCAGUGAGACUUUCUGCACUAAACUUAUCCUGUUAUGUACAACAAUGAUGUGUGUAUUAUAUAACAGUGAUGUGUACAUUUCUGACAUCCCAUACAUAAUAUACACAGUUUGUAUAAAUGCAUACAUUUAAAAAUAUAUAUGUACAAUACAGCUAACAUAAAACUGUAGUACGCCCGAAGGAUAUUACUAGUGCCUAAUAUUGAGUACAAGUCACUGCGUGUUCAAAUCACCUUGGAAGUGCAGUAAUUGUUAUAAAAUUGAUCAGUGCAGCCAACAUUAUUUACGAAUCACAUCUUUGAAACUGUGCAGUAGUAUAUACAUAUAUAUUUUUAAAUAACAUUUUUCACAGUUUUCCAGAGUUACUGUUGAAAUCUGUAUCACCAAAAAAAAGAAAAAGCAAGAUUUUUUUAAUGAUGUAGACACUCUUCAGACCCAGUAAUCUGUGUGUGAUUUUCUGUUUGUAGAUACCCAAGAGACUUUAGCAGUCACCAGCCUUAAUGCAUGUACAGGAUAUUAUUGUGACUUAAUUUAUCGCAGUUUUUAAUCCAUGUGAAAUUGGAAUUUAUAAACUGACUUGGAUUAAAUAUGUCUGCCUUUCUAAGGUUGCAAAUGUUACAUUAAAUGAUUUAUGUUGUAAAUGAGA